AUGGGAAGCAAUACCUCCACACCUAAACCCGCCACUGGCAGAAGAGCCAACCUCUCCACAGUAGCCCCAACGAUCAGCUCUGCACCCUGUCUCUCUAACCAUCCUAACAAAGAACAUUUAAUCUUGGCCUUUUUUGUCGGGGUUCUAUUGACGCUGAUGCUGAUGGCCCUUGUCUUCCUCAUCAUAAAGAUCUAUAGAAAAUCACGUGUGGCAGGUCACUCCAGUCCCCAGACCCUGGAUCCUCACUCAGAUCCUCGAGCCGAGCUUUCAUCCAUCCCAGAGGAGUCACUUACCUACACCAGCAUGGCUUUCAAAAUGUCAGAAGAAAAGAGCAAUCAUUUGACUAAGAACCAUUCUGCAGACUUAGACCCCAUUGUCUAUGCUCAGAUUAAAGUGACAAACUCACCCUGCCUUUCCAAUGAGCCAUGAAUUCAGUUCCUCUCAUCUCCAUCUUCAGACAUCACUUUUCCUUUUUUACAAAUUUUGGACACAACCUAUGUGAAACUGCAGUCAGAAUUAUUUGUGUGAUCUGGAAAUGUUUUUUGUUUGUUUGUUUGUUUUGUGGCUGGCCAGUGUCCUUAACCAGGAUCCAAACCCUUGACCUUGGUGCCACAAAGCCGUGCUGUAACCAACUGAGCCAACUGGUGAUCUGGUAAUGUUAUCUGGAAGUUUUGAAGACCAAUGGCCAGUGUUUUUCCUGGCCAGAGAAAAGAUUGCUGACCCUUCCUCUGAACCGGCAGCCUGUUAGCCCCUUGAGCGCUGAGACUGCCUCCAAAGCAUGUGGUUCAGAGCUCAGUGCACAGAAGAGCAUUCACCCAGAGUCACUAAUCAACUUGGGAGGAGUCACCCAAAUG